CGCCGUUGUCUCAGUCCCCGCCUACACAUAUAAAAGCUCGUGCGCAAACUCCGUAGGUCUUCUUCUACUCUAACUUUCGAGUGGACUGUCUGGGUUCUGAAGCGGAGCUCCACUAGUGAAGAAAAAUGGCCGAAUCAGAGGAGCGCACCUUCCUUGCCAUCAAGCCCGACGGCGUGCAGCGCGGCAUCAUCGGCGACAUCAUCAAACGGUUUGAGAUGAAGGGCUUCAAACUGGUGGGCAUGAAGAUGCUUGAGGCCUCUGAGGACCUUCUGAUGGAGCACUACAUAGACCUGAAGGACCGACCCUUCUUCCCUACCCUCCUCAAGUACAUGAGGUCUGGUCCAGUGGUUGCCAUGGUGUGGGAAGGAAAGGGCGUGGUGAAGACUGGCAGAGUCAUGCUGGGUGAGACCAAUCCUGCUGACUCCAAACCCGGAACCAUCAGAGGAGACUUCUGCAUCGACGUCAGCAAGAACAUUAUCCAUGGCAGCGAUUCGGUGGAGAGUGCCAAAAAGGAGAUUUCCCUGUGGUUCAAACCCGAAGAGCUGGUCACCUACACAAGCUGUGCCUUCAGUUGGCUCUACUGACCUGUUCAGGACCCUUCUGCUCAGACCCCCGACACUUUACCUCAGACUUCCUGUCCUUGGCUGUAGCUUAGAUGAGGAACAUCCUCCACCCAUCUACUCAUCAUGCUGUACAUGGACGUGGUCUUAGUCUGGACCCGUUGUCAUUCCAGCUUUCAUUCCUGGAAAAACAUUCCAUCCAGUCGAUAUCUGUAACUUGUCUGACCCACGGUUUUGUUAAAGGUUGACCUGCUUUGCAAUAAAAGGAAAUGAUUCUAA